AUGGCGCUCAAUCAGGACGUUGAUCAGUUGUCAAAGUCAAACCUGGUGGUGAGGAUUGACCAGAACUCUGAGUCGGAUUUGCAGGCGCUUUUUGACAGUGUUCUAAAGCCAAACUCAACGAGACCUUUGCAGGUGCCUCUGCGUAUGCGAAACCUGCCAAAUUCGUUCUUCAACCCACCUCAGACCGGCAGCAAAAGCCCCUCGAUAUCCCACUCAAGAGAAAAUUCUGCUGACUCUGCGUUUGGCACGAUAGUUACGACAAAUGUCGCCGGGAGCGGCCCCGGUGGUAAUACUUUGGGCUCGGGUAGCGAGGCCCCAGGUGGAGCCGAUUCCACGGGUUCAGGACCCACAGGUGCAGCACCCGGAUUGACGGUGGCUCAUCCACGAGCUCACAGCAGUCCGGCCUCGCUCCAGCAAACCUACGCUUCUGCACAGCAGGCCACUCAACAUACGCCUCAGCCCCACGCACCCAGGCAUCAUCAUCAUCAGAAACAGCGCAGUUAUGACGUCAUCAGCACUGUUGACGACAUGGGGCCGUUGCCUCACGGAUGGGAGCAAGCACGCACGCCUGAGGGACAAAUUUACUUCCUCAAUCACUUGACCCGAACGACAACAUGGGAAGAUCCACGUAAAACAGCAGCUGCUGUAAGUGUUGCGGCUGUUGCUGCGGCUGUGGAAAGUGGAAAAGCAUCUUCAGCAGCGGCUAAUUCUCUCGGACCUCUACCAGAAGGUUGGGAGCAAGCACGUACUCCUGAAGGAGAGAUUUACUUUAUUAAUCAUCAAAGUCGUACUACUUCAUGGUUUGAUCCUAGAAUUCCAUCACAUUUACAACGAGCUCCGACUACGAAUGCAAUGCUACCACAAAACUGGCUCCAGCAGCCUGGAGCUACUGGAAUCCAGAAUAAUCAAAAUAUUCAGGUAUGCCAACAAAAAUUACGUCUUCAGUCACUGCAAAUGGAACGCGAACGUCUGAAACAAAGACAGGCUGAAAUUAUGCGUCAGCAAGAACUUAAUUUGCUGAGACAAAGUACUCCUGACGCAGCAAUGGAUCCAUUUUUGUCGGGUAUAAAUGAGCAGCAUGCAAGACAGGAAAGCGCUGAUUCCGGUCUAGGUCUUGGUUCAGCAUACUCUUUACCACAUACACCUGAAGAUUUUCUUUCUAAUAUCGAUGACAACAUGGACGCUACAAGUGAAGGUGGAGCACCAAUGGAAACACCCGAUUUGUCGACUUUAAGUGAUAACAUCGACUCAACGGAUGAUCUAGUACCUUCGCUUCAGCUUGGCGAAGAAUUUACGAGUGAUAUCCUGGACGACGUGCAGUCACUGAUAAAUCCGAGCAGUACGAAACCCGAGAAUGUUCUCACGUGGCUGUAG